UAUAUUAUACAUGGAAAUAUUACUCCCCACACACCUCACACCACACACACAUUCAGGAAGUGUAUGUAAUCAGUGUGUUAAAGAGCUUGAUUAAAUUUAACGAGAGCAGUUUAUGAAUGUGAGUGAGAGAGAGGAACAACAGGUUUUAGCAGCUUACCGACCUGUCAACUGCGCAGAAUGUCAGGAAUCUGAACAAGGAGUGGAAGCGUUACGAGGUGUGAGAGAUGACAUGCAGGGGAGGGAACACACACACACAUGAAGAGAUUCAGCUGCUGUGAGCUUAUGAGCAAAACUGGAGCCUCAGAGAUGAGACAUGCGGCCCGGGAGGUGAGUUUCACAAUGUGUCAGAUUUUAGUGUCUUCAAAACUGAUUUUUUUCUUCUACUUAUUAAAACAUUUGACUCACUUUCUUGUGUUGACAUGAGCUGGGGGACAAGGCUGCUGCAGAACAUAACAAGUGCCCGGGAGUGAACUUUUGAACCCUGAACAGGUUUUUAUCUCGGUCAGGUCAAACGUCGAACUCAUUAUCAAGAUUGCCAGCAACACCGAGAUCUCAUCUGUGUUCUGCCUACAUGGAAAUAUUUUGACUUUUUGCCAGAGGGAUAAAUAAAAUGAUCAUUUUAACUAGAUUGAAGGGUGACAUGAGCCGGCCUGGGAUCUUGUCGUCACACAACUGGAGUCAGUAGUGGGAACUUUGAUAAGUAACGCUUAUUCCCAGGGACACACCAGGCUGCGGUCAUGUCAAACUCCCAAGAACAGAGCCUGGAUGAGAAUGCAGUGUUCCUGCCAGUGACUGAGUCCUCCCCAGAGUUUCUCCACUGCGAGAAGGAGCGGCAAGCAGUGGAGAGACUCCUGAGCGCGGGACCUGAGGCCUUCUACAGCUCCAUUGGCACAGAGCGAGCUGGCUGCUUCCUGUCUUCUGAAGAGGUCAGCCAGAUAAUCAGCUGGGCUCAGGACUAUCACUUCAACCCACUACAGUUGCAAAGAGAGACAAAUGGAGAGGAAUACAGCUCAGAGAUGGAGAACUUCUGUUCCACAUACUUCCCUUCAUUCUCAGAUACGCCAACCCCGAACCUGGACUUGGGCUGGCCUGAAAGAAGCCCCUGGGUGCCGAAGGGGAGCGUUACAGUCUACACAAAUCCUCCUGCUGACGGAGAAGCUCCUGUCAGAGAGAUCAUCAGACGGCACUUACAAAAGGCUAGCCAAGUAAUCGCCAUCGUGACGGACAGAUUGACAGAUGGUACAGUAAUUGGUGAUCUACACAAUGCUGCUUCGAGGGGUGUCGCUGUUUACAUCAUCCUGAACCAAAGGUCCAUUCAGGAAAACUUCACACUCAACAGGCUCAGGCAUCCAAACAUACGGGUCCGUGUUCUUGGUGGGAAAACCUUCUGUUCGAGGAUGGGACGAAUGGUUGUUGGGGAAAUGAAAGAUAAAUUCCUUCUGGUGGAUUUAGAGACAGUCAUUCAUGGCAGCUACAGUCUCACGUGGACAGACGCCCACCUGCACCGGCAGCUGAUCACUGUUCUAAGCGGCCCAGUUGUUGAUUCAUUUGACAGAGAGUUCAGGAUCCUUUUUGCUGCUUCACACCAAGUUCCAGAUACAUCGAGAGUCGCAGGUUCUCACGUAGACACAACCCAUCAGCUGAAAGACUUCUCAAAUCUCAGGUUUCAGAAGCAUUUCCCCGUAGACCCUGAGAUUAUCAGCCCUCCGUCCCCACCUGCUGAUUCUCUCCUGGACUGGGAAGCCAUGGGGGUUGUCCAGAGAGACCUCGGCUUCCCUGACAGUCCUCUUGAUCAGAAUGAGGAAAUCAUGGCGAGAAGCAAGGAAAUUCCUCUGCAGAACAACAUGCUGUUUGAUAAAAUUAUGGGCAUUUUUAAUGGAGACCAAUUGGUGGUUAAGAAAAGGGUAAGUGAAAACACCCCUCGAGUGACGAACAAUGUGCCAGAGAAAUCAACUUUCAACCACAGACAGGCCUUGUCACCAGAGCCAACAAGUCCAGAAAGAAGGAAAAGGGUGGAACACAUAAUAGAAAAAGCCCGUUCAAAGCAGGUCGCCAUAGAGAAGAACAGAAAGUUAGAUGACAUAACAACAAUACUUGAUGAUGAAGCGAUAAAGCCAACUCACAAUAUGGCCAUACCCACCUCCCCAAAGAGAAGAGAGCACCCAACGAGGGAAGAGGAGCACACCAAACUGGAGAACACACCAACUUCUAGAAAACCUUUAAUCCUGAGGAUGCCACAGUCUGAGAGCUUCAGCUCCCUGAGUGACAUUAUGAAGAGGAUCCAGCAUCAGCAGAGCACUGGGCUGAUGAAGAGAGGAUUAAAAGCCACUGCAACUGAAGUGAGCCAGUCCAUGAUGGACCUGAGCGUACACAACAAAGAUACAAAUAAUGAGAGAGGAGUCCCAGUGCCAAGAUUUAUAGGCAGUGGAUUUGACCCGGAUCGUUUGACACCUGCUUUUGCUCUGAUGAAGAAGAGGAACGAUGACUUAAAACCUCUAUUGUACAGAACGCCAAAGAACUUUCUGCCCAGAGAGAGGCCUCGCAGCGCCACUUAUAACCUCGGUGUGGACUGGAGGAGGUCGCUGGCAGAGACAGAUGGAGAAGUGGAAACAUUAGCAAAGAAAUAAGACAUGAGCCCUAUGUGUGAAAACAUCUUCUGUCACUGAGGAAAGUCAGCUGUCAGUAGUGGAUUGUCAUGACCUCUGCAGUGUUAAUUACCCGCACUAAACCCAAAACAGGCUGUGACUCCGAUAAAACCAUUGUUAGGAUGUAUGUGCUGUAUAUACCAGUUGUAUCUGUUGAUUUGAAGUCUAGAUGUUCUGCUGUGUGUUGGAUGCAAGGGUUUCCUGCAGAAUAUAUUUAAAUAAAUAAAAAUGUUCUAUUAAU